AUGGCGGCUGUUGCUGCAGUCAUGACGGAAAGUCUCGGGAUGCUGGCCAAGUUGGUCAAGAGGUCCCGUAAUAUCCAGGGUCCUAUCAGGAAGGACUUUUGGAAUGCAUAUACGGACCUCACGGCUGGCUUGACCGCCAUCCUAACCAGGCAGGAAGAGAGCCCUGAGGCACACGCGCACAGGGAAAAAAGUGCGGCCUUGGCUAAGGCUAAGGCCAAAUGGGCCGCCGAAAAAAGGAGACUUGAGGCCGAGAUGGGGCAAAUGCGAGUCCGCAUUGCCCUACUCAAGAAGGCCUCCUCGACGCAAGCCCCCAAUGAGUGCGGUACGGAUGCCAAGGUCCAAACAGACCUGGACCUCGACGAUACCGUACUGGACGCUCUGACGGGGGGGGGGCCAUCAACUGGGGCCAUUGAAAUCGGACAUGGUGGUGGAAGGGCCUCCUGUCGAGGAGCCCCUCGGCCACGCCGAGACCGCCCGGCGCAGAGGAAGGCCGGUAGUGGUCUCUAUGGAGACUCUGAAGGAGCCAUAUUUCCGCCGCUCAAGGGGGUUCGAAAGCAGAUGAACCCCCUGUCAAACGCGGUGGACGCCAAGAAGAGGACCGCCAAAGCCUCCAACGAGGCGACCAAGGCGAUCCCCGCUAUGGGUAGGCCGAUAAGGGUUCUCCCAGUUCCCCCCCCCCCAAAGAAUGCCACUACCCAGACAUCCUCGACGUCUUCGAGGAAGAAGAAGAGGAAGGGAGGGCGUGGUGGAGGUCAGGGGGGACUCGCGGAACAGCUACGGGGCGGAGCUAGCUUCCAAGGGUUGGCCAGAGUGGCCAAAAUCAAGCCGCCGACCGCCGCCGUGGUCACCUGGGCCGACCCGGGAGCGUACGCGCAGGUCCUCAAGACCGCAAGGGAGAAGGUUGACCGCUCCACCCUCAGGAUUGAGGACCUGCGCCCCCGCAGAGCUGUUACGGGUGCCCUGAUACUCGAGGUCAGGGGCGUUGUUAACGGCACUAAGGCCGAUGCCUUGGCCGAGGGUAUCAGGGCGGCCCUGUCAUCAAGUGAUGAUGUCAAGGUAGCUCGACCGUGCAAGACGGUUGAGCUACGCUUGACUGGCCUGGACGACUCGGUCACCCCUAGUGAGGUGGCCAAGGUCCUGAAAGCCAUCGGAGCUUGCUCUCCCCACGACAUCAAAGUGGGAGAGAUCCGCAUGGCUCCCAACGGGCUGGGCACCUGCUGGGUGCGCUGCCCCGCGAAGGCGGGCAAGGCAGUCUUGGCCGCCCCCCGAGUAAGGGUGGGCUGGUCGAGCUGCCGCGUGGCACUGCUCCCCUCGCGGGGACUACAGUGCCACAGAUGUGGAGGCAUUGGCCACUUGGCCAAUGCGUGUAAGGAAAAGGAUGGCUGCCCGGUCUGCAAAGACGCGGGCAAGUCCGCCGACCAUCGGAUCGGCGCAAAAGGGUGCCUAGCCAAUAAGGCCCAAAAAGCACCUCCGAGCGCCGGGGGCCGCCAAGAGGCGGGGUCGACAGCAACGCCGACCUUGACCCAGGCUGCGGCCCCCCCUGAGGCAGAGGCUCCUCUCCCGCAAAGGGAGAGGAGAACAAAUAACCAAGAGGACGCGCCCAGGUGCGUAGAGAUGAGGGAGGUGGAGGAGCCUCGGAAGCAAGAAAACAAUGCCCCGUAG